GUCCCGGAGCCGCGUGAGCCUGCGGGGCCAUGGAGCGCGCGCCGCCCGACGGGCAGCUGAACGCUUCGGGGGCGCUGGCGGGCGAGGCGGCGGCGGCGGCGGGCGGGGCGCGCGGCUUCUCGGCAGCCUGGACCGCGGUGCUGGCCGCGCUCAUGGCGCUGCUCAUCGUGGCCACGGUGCUGGGCAACGCGCUGGUCAUGCUCGCCUUCGUGGCCGACUCGAGCCUCCGCACCCAGAACAACUUCUUCCUGCUCAACCUCGCCAUCUCCGACUUCCUCGUGGGCGCCUUCUGCAUCCCGCUGUAUGUGCCCUAUGUGCUGACGGGCCGAUGGACCUUUGGCCGGGGCCUCUGCAAGCUGUGGCUGGUGGUGGACUACCUGCUGUGCACCUCCUCUGCCUUCAACAUCGUGCUCAUCAGCUACGACCGCUUCCUGUCAGUCACCCGAGCCGUCUCAUACCGGGCCCAGCAGGGCGACACGAGGCGGGCCGUGCGGAAGAUGCUGCUCGUGUGGGUGCUGGCCUUCCUGCUGUACGGGCCGGCCAUCCUGAGCUGGGAGUACCUGUCCGGAGGCAGCUCCAUCCCUGAGGGCCACUGCUACGCAGAGUUCUUCUACAACUGGUACUUCCUCAUCACGGCCUCCACGCUGGAGUUCUUCACUCCCUUCCUCAGUGUCACCUUCUUUAAUCUCAGCAUCUACCUGAACAUCCAGAGACGCACCCGCCUCAGGCUGGAUGGGGCCCGAGAGGCAGCCGGCCCCGAGCCCCCACCCGAGGCCCAGCCCUCGCCACGCAGGCCGCCCCCUGGCUGCUGGGGCUGCUGGCGGAAGGGGCACGGGGAGGCCAUGCCGCUGCACAGGUAUGGGGUGGGUGAGGCUGCCACAGGUGCUGAGGCGGGGGACGCGGCCCUCGGGGGUGGCGGUGGGGGCGGCUCUGCGGCCUCACCCACCUCCAGCUCCGGCUCCUCGAGGGGCACCGAGAGGCCGCGCUCACUCAAGAGGGGCUCCAAGCCAUCGGCAUCCUCGGCCUCCCUGGAGAAGCGCAUGAAGAUGGUAUCCCAGAGCUUCACCCAGCGCUUCCGGCUGUCUCGGGACAGGAAGGUGGCCAAGUCACUGGCUGUCAUCGUGAGCAUCUUCGGGCUCUGCUGGGCCCCGUACACACUGCUGAUGAUCAUCCGGGCUGCCUGCCACGGCCACUGCGUCCCUGACUACUGGUACGAAACCUCCUUCUGGCUCCUGUGGGUCAACUCAGCUGUCAACCCUGUCCUGUACCCACUGUGCCACCACAGCUUCCGGAGGGCCUUCACCAAGCUGCUCUGCCCCCAGAGGCUCAAAAUCCAGCCCCACAGUUCCCUGGAGCAGUGCUGGAAGUGAGCAGGCCCAGAGCCUCUCUCUUAGCCAAAUCUCCUGG